AGAACUCUAAUUCCUGAUUGGCCUGGGAAGAACAUACUCAAAAAGGGCUUUGGGGACCAAGCAGAGAGCCCCUGAAUCUAAGUCCUAUAUAUCGCCAUUGCCCAGUGGUUCCCCACUGCAUUCUUUUCUACUCCCUACCCUUGCCAUCGCAUUGCAACUGUUGCUCUAGGUUGUAGGAGGUGAAUCUAAGCUGACAGAUUGUUGGAACGGGGCAACAAUGGGGAUCAUCAACUGGAUGCAGAACAGGCUCCAUGGGAAGACGGAUAACAGAAGCUUUGAUGGCGCAGCCGCCGUCAGUUCAUCUCGCGGUGCCGGAGUCUACGAAACCCAAGGAGUCACUUAUGAAUCGUCAGAGAAGCAUCUCAACGCCGAGCAAUGGCCUCAGGGCGGCCUCCUCUCCAUAGGCACGCUCGGCAACGACGAGCCGCCUCCAGCACAACAGGAGGAGGACCUGCCGGAGUUCACCGUGGAGGAGGUGAAGAAGCUCCAGGACGCCCUCGCGAGGAUCCUGCGGCGCGCCAGGUCCAAGUCCAGCGCCCGCGGCUCCGGCGCCGGCGAGGACAGGCCGCCGCUGGACAGGUUCCUCAACUGCCCGUCCUGCCUGGAGGUGGACAGGAGGGUUGUUCAGACGACGAAGCACGGCGACGGCGACGGCCACUCCGGCGACCUCUCGCCGGACACCAAGAUCAUACUGACCAGGGCCAGGGACCUGCUGGACAACAGCAGCGGCAGCGGCAGCAUCAAGCAGAAGUCAUUCAAGUUCCUGCUCAAGAAGAUGCUUGUCUGCAAUGGCGGCUUCUCUGCGCCGGCUCGGAGCUUGAAGGACCCUGUGGAAUCGAGAAUGGAGAAGUUCUUCCGGACGAUACUUGGCAAGAAGAUGAAUGCCGGGUCGGGCAAUGGCACUGCAUCUUCGAGGAAGAAGUACUUGUUGGAGGAUGGAACCAAGGAGAAGAGGCGAGGUGGUCGUCGUCGUUGUGGCUGCGAAGACGAGGAGAGGGAAGAGAGCUGCAGGUGGGACAGAACAGAUUCUGAAUUCAUUGUUUUGGAGAUUUGAAAUGGCAAGAGUUACGACAAUGGCUCGUUAUCAAAAAGGAGCCAGGACAAUGGUCAUGACAUGUACACACUGUACACGUGAGAGCACGGAACCAAGAAGAUGAACGAGUCAUCGUUGACAGUUGAUCAGGGGUCCCUGGUAAAUGGCCACGACAGAGAAACAAAAAUGACCCCCUGCAAGCCAAGACCUUGAGUUGCCCUUUUUUUGUUUUUCUAUUUUUUGAGGUAACAAUCUCCUUUUCCCCCAUAAUGUGGAUAUGUAAAUUCAUUUUGCUCCACGUAUAGUUGGGAUGGAAGGAUUUUCCAAAUCAGCUUCUAUGGUACAUAGA